CGGCCUGUGCGGGGCUCUAGCGCGGCGGGGCGGACGCUCCUAGCCCGGCCCCGGCCUCGCGGGCGGGCGGCAUCGCGGCCAUGGCCAAGGAGCGGCGGAGGGCCGUCCAGGAGCUGCUACAGCGGCCGGGGAACGGGUACUGUGCUGACUGCGGCGCCCCGGAUCCUGACUGGGCCUCCUACACCCUCGGGGUGUUCAUCUGCCUGAGCUGCUCUGGAAUCCACCGGAACAUCCCCCAGGUCAGCAAGGUGAAGUCAGUCCGCCUGGAUGCCUGGGAGGAGGCCCAAGUGGAGUUCAUGGCCUCCCAUGGGAACAAUGCUGCGAGAGCCACGUACGAGUCCAAAGUGCCAUCCUUCUACUAUCGGCCCACGUCCUCCGACUGUCAACUCCUGCGGGAGCAGUGGAUACGGGCCAAGUACGAACGGCAGGAGUUCACCCACCUUGAGAAGCAGGAGCCCUACUCUGCAGGAUACCGAGAGGGCUUUCUCUGGAAGCGCGGCCGGGACAAUGGGCAGUUUUUAAGCCGGAAGUUUGUGCUGACGGAACGAGAGGGAGCCCUGAAGUAUUUCAACAGAAAUGAUGCCAAGGAGCCCAAGGCCAUCAUGAAGAUCGAGCAUCUGAAUGCCACCUUCCAGCCAGCCAAGAUCGGCCACCCCCACGGCCUGCAGGUCACCUACCUGAAGGACAACAGCACCCGCAACAUCUUCGUCUACCACGAAGACGGGAAGGAGAUGGUGGACUGGUUCAACGCGCUCCGCGCCGCCCGCUUCCACUACCUGCAGGUGGCGUUCCCCGGGGCCAGCGACGCGGACCUGGUGCCGAAGCUCUCCAGGAACUACCUGAAGGAAGGCUACAUGGAGAAGACCGGGCCCAAGCAAACAGAAGGCUUCCGGAAGCGCUGGUUCACCAUGGAUGACCGCAGGCUCAUGUACUUCAAAGACCCCCUGGACGCCUUCGCCCGUGGGGAAGUCUUCAUCGGCAGCAGGGAGAGUGGCUACACGGUGCUGGACGGGCUCCCGCCGUCCACCCAGGGCCACCACUGGCCGCAUGGCAUCACCAUCGUCACGCCGGAGCGCAAGUUCCUGCUGGCCUGCGAGACGGAGUCAGAGCAGCGGGCGUGGGUGGAGGCUUUCCGGAAGGUCGUGGACAGGCCCAUGCUGCCCCAGGAGUACGCAGUGGAAGCCCACUUCAAGCAUAAACCCUAGCGGAGAUGGUCCUGGAGGCCUGAGGAAUCUGGACUCACUAGACAUGGCCGGCGAGGAGGCGGCGGCAGGACCGUGGGGGCCUGUGGACGGAGGGAGCCGGCUGCCCGGCCCCUGCCCCGCCCCGCCACGAGGGGCAGCCCUAGAUGCGGCCAGGUGGGGCCUGAGCUUUAGCCACUAGGACCUGUUUCUCUGGAACCUCACUACGGGCUGGCCCAGCCUGACCUCUGACCCCGUCAUGCUGCUGCCACCAUAUGUGACACCCCAGCCCCACGCUCCCCUCCCUGCCCACUGGACCUUCCUUCCU